GAAGCCGCCCACUAAGCUAGUCGUAGCUUGGCCUCUGUAGUGAGUGAACGUACGCUCUCGUCCUCCUCCCGCCCGGAGAGUGAACUUAUCAUCUCUUGAGAGAUCGAAGGCCCUAAUCUUCUCCUCCUCUGUGGUAACUGUGUGGAGUCAUCCGGGGCUCUUUGCGACGCCACUCCGCCAGAGGGAAAAUGAUGGAAGCGACGAGGCACCUGUUCUGGACGCUGUCGGUCCUGGUGGUGGUGGGGACUUCGUCGUGUUUUGCGAUGGAUAUUCAAUCCGCGCUCAAAAUGGCACAGUGUCGCGCCCACUGCCUGGAUAAGUUCGAGAACGACAUAUCUCGACAGGACGAUGCCAUCUGUCGCCACAGCUCCAACUGCCUUACGUGCUGGGACAACUGCGAAAUGCUUGCAAGCAACUACCCCAUUUGGAGCAUCACUUGCAACCAGAAAGAUAUAUGCAGCGAAGGUUGCGAAGCUGCUUGUGCCUUCCAUUCUCAGCAUCCAGAGAGCGUCGUUCCUCUUAGCCAGCACAAUUCUCGCCUGACUCUUGUAUUCAGCGGAUGGGCUGCCCAGUGGACACUCACAUGGGGCAGGGAUGCCCCUAGUGAGCACAUCGUCUUCGCCUUGUUUACCAAAACCCCUGGAAAGUCCUGGAACCUGCGCCUCCAGACAGCCGAUUUCGGAGCCUUCCUGGACGACCUACCCAGCGGAUCAGAUAUGAAGCUGGUGGCUGUGGCCGAAUCGGGCGUUCUUUCAGUCAUCAUUACUCCUUACGCCCCUCCUUCCUACCCCAAGAGCAUAGCCAAGCCCUCCCUGGAGGUGUCCCACGCCCAGAACUCCGCCGAGAGGCCGGGAAGCAACGGCAUCGAAAACAGCGAAGAGAUGUGGCCGUUGCUCUACGAAACCGAAGUCGAGGAUUCAGGGCUCGUGGCUGCUCGCGUUUGGUGGGCGCCCCAAAAUCCACGAGGCGUGGACUACCUGGUCACCUGGGAGGUCGAGAGUGGCGGCCUCAAGGGUCACCUGUACACUGACCUCCCCGAGGUCGACCUGACCCUUUGGCCCGAGACAAUCUAUCACGUUCAGGUAGAGCUCGUGACCGGACCUUUGGGAGAACCCUUCCGCUCAGCGCAGCUCACGCUCGACACUCACAAUAUCACUCUGGCCGCUCAAGCCAGCCAGAACGAAAUCAACCCCAAACUUCCUCUCGUGCACCAAUUCACGACGCCCGUCCAGCUGGAGAUCAUUCUCGGGGUGGGCGCGGGAGUGGUGGCGGCCCUUCUGGUGGUUGUCGUCUUGGUCUGGAGGCGUCGAAGGGCAUCCCUUAACUACGAGAACACGACCAACGGCGCUUCGACCGGCAAAUGGGCGGCCCUGAACCGAACCAUUUCCGAUCUUACUCUGGACGAGUCGUUAGUCGUGAAGAACCACAAAGCUCCGAUGGAGGACAAGUCCCUCUCUUCGUCCCCUGUCCGUCCAACGCCCAUCGGCUCGUACCACGCCCCCGUGUAUACCCUAACACCACCCGUUGGAUUCUCCUCCUCCUCCUCCUCCGCCGCCGCCUCCUCUUCCUCCUCCUCCUCCUCCUACUACUCCACUCCGUCUUUGCUGACCUUGGCACGCCCCUCCCAUGCUCAAGUGAAUUUGUACAGUGCGGUUCCUGCCUUACCCAACCCGCGUGUUGCUCAAGUCUCCAACAUUUGAAAAGUUGUUGACGUGUGUGAAACACCGCCCCGAAAUGAUGAAGGCUUUCCAUUAUAUAUUUACGUAAUAUGUGAAAUUUGGGGGGAAAUCCAGUCGAUGGCCGGGCCAAACCCUGCAUUACUGCAUUAGAAAUGGAUAUCACUGGAUGCCAUAAUUUACUGUCGUAAAUUUACACUUGAACAACAACGAAUUGUAUAAUCUGAAUGACGCCUCAAGUUUUAUACAGCAUAACAAUGGCCUUUCAACAAACCUUUCGUAUUUUCUUAGAUGAAUGAUGUAUAUAGGUAAUCGCAUCAUGAAGUGUAUAUAUUAUAUCACUUUAGUCAUUUUUAUAUGGCGAAUGUAAUUAAAAGUUCCUAGCUAGAAACGAUGGGUCCACGAAUGUACAAAAAAUAGCUGUGUAUAAAAAAUAGCAGAAACAUUGUUUUCAGUGACGUAAGGACUUUGACCUCUCCUUAGCUUGCAUGGAUAAUUUUACGCUUCAUAUUUUGGGCAUUUAUCCUUGUUCUUCCAAUAUGUUCGUGGUCUGAUUGUGAGUAUAUUUGUGUUUGAGCAUAUCUGAGAGUGUGAUUUUUUCCCACUUUGAUUAUAGCUUGUGUGAAUACCAAAGAAUCUGGAGAAGUUUCAAAAUUAUAAAAAUGAAAAUUGAGAAACAUUUUUUUUCUAUCUUUGUUAUACCGGUCAUUGCUCUUUGAUGCUGGCUUUGUUUGCUUGCAGCUGAGAAUUAUUUUUAGAUUUCCUGUAAAGGAAUAAAAAUUUGAGAGAGAGAGAGAGAGAGAGAGAGAGAGAGAAACUAUCCUUUGUGUAACUGAUAACUAUCUGAUAAUUCUAAGUCAGUAUCUGAAAUGAUUGUUAUUAAUAUACUCUCCUCUUUUUAAUUCUGCACUCUGUAUAUAUUGUAAUUAUUUAUAUGUAAAUAGCAUUUUCUACGAAAUAAAAAUAAUUUCAU